GACAUUAGUUCUUAAAAGCUGCAUUAUGUGUAUUUCCUGUCUCACUGCCGCCGACAUUCAGGCAAACUGCUUAAAGAGUGUGUAUCAUGUCUUUACUGAUGAUGAGACGUAAGAAAUACCUGACAUGCUACACAGAGAGCUAUUUUCUGGACGAGACAUGAGCACACGACUGUGCAAGAGGCUGGACUUCAGAUGCGUGAGCCUGGUGCGUCAUAGAGAAGGGACAACAGCAAUGCAUAAUGACACAAAAAAAAAAGAUGGUGACAUCAUGAGGAGCCACAGAAAAGACAGAAAACCUUUUCCGCUGGGGCAAUAUCAAACCGAAAGCUGCUAGACUCAUGGACUGUAAUAAGUGUCAGAGGAAUCUGACUCCACAUAACAAAGGACGUGGGUUGUGGCUAAACUUGAAGACAUCGUGACAACAACAACAACACAGUCCAGAAACAAGGAGAAUCCAACGGGAAGGAUUCACAGUUUGCGAUUUCAGCUCCUUCACCACAGACAAGACCAUCUUUCCCAGGAAAUCCCAUCACAAAAUACACUUCUUUACUCGAACCAGACACAAGGCGACAUUAUCAUGGAUAUUUUUGGAGGUGCUCCUCGUGUUGUGGGCUACCCGCGCCCUGUGCUGGCACAGUGCGGCACUGAUGCCACGCUGAGGUGCCAAAUCGGCGGCGACCCUCGUCCUGACGUGAUCUGGGAACGUAAAAAUAUCCAGAUCUUGUCUGAGGGACGCUACAAGCUCGCGGAGGAGGGAAAAGCUUACCUGCUGACUAUUACUGGAGUCACCCAGCAGGAUGCUGGCCAGUACAUAUGCAAGGCUAGAAAUAGCAUAGGUGACACGUACGCUGCAGCUUCCCUCAAAGUGGAAGGAGUAGCACAGCAGCAGGAAGAAGAGCAGAGGCAGCUAGGGGUCAACAGCGUGAAGCAAGAAAAUGGAGGACACCUGAAUGGCUACUGCGAAGUGCAAAAUGGUGAACAUAGGGGAGAAAAUGGAGCAGAGAUAAAUGGAGAACACAAGUGUAAUGGCAAGUUUAGUGAAAAGAGAGAAGAAGCUGAUUUAAUAUCUGAUGAGAAGCCUCGAUUCCUCAUCAAGCCCCUCUCUCUGCGCGUGGACCGAGGAGAAGAUGCCGCCUUCUCCUGCAAAAUUUGGGGCACUCCCGUACCAGAGGUGACGUGGGAGAAAGAUGGGAAGAAGCUGCACGACAUCUUCGAAAGUUCACACUUCGGCGUGUGCAGCCAAGAUGGCGGCUGGUUCCAGCUCAAGAUCUACAGGACGCGCAUGCCAGACAAAGGCGUCUACACCUGCAGGGCCGUCAACUGCCAGGGCGAGGCCUUGGCCGGCGCCAUCCUCCUCGUGGAGCCCGUACCAGAGCGGGAGGAAAGCAAAAGGUCCUCCCUAGGUCAAACUAACAGCCAGUGGUCGCCAAAGCUAAGAGGCGGGCGACUCAGUUCAUCAAGGCUCAAAGAGGAGACGCCCGUCAACCCGUCUGCAGUCAAGAAGUUCGCAGUGGCCGAGGGGAAACACGCCAAGUUCCGGUGCUUCGUGACGGGGAAGCCGAAACCCGAGAUCAUCUGGAAGAAAAACGGGGUUACCCUUGAGCCAGGGAGGCGUCACCUGAUAUUUGAGGACAGGGAGGGGUACUACACGCUGAAGGUUCUGUACUGCAAAGAGCCGGACACGGGGCUGUAUGUUUGCGCAGCAUCGAACGCUCUGGGAAACACCCUCAGUGCUGUUCACCUGUCUGUCAAAGGCCACACUGUCCGCUUCAGGCAUCCAUUAAAAGACGUGGAGGUGAGGGAGCGGGACGUUGCCGUGCUGGAGUGCGAGAUGCCCGACGAGUCGCUCCCUGCCGCCUGGUACCUGGAGGACCAGAGGCUGAUGCCCAGCAGUAAAUACGGGAUGGAGCAGAAAGGAAGCAGAAGAAGACUCACCAUCCAUGACGUCGGGACAGACGAUGACGGCGUGUAUCUGUGUGAGAGGCCUGACGGAGCGAAGAGCAUCGCGGAGCUGUCAGUUAAAGGUACUAUUGUUCGUAAACUUCCUCGGAAGCUGGAGGUCCUCGAGGGCGAGAAUGCAGUGUUCUGCGUGGAGGUGGAGGACGACGAGUUGGAGGUCCACUGGUUCAAGGACGGCCUGAAGCUGCACGAGACACACCAGACGAUCCUCAAGACUUUUGGCAGAACUCACAUCCUGGUCUUUGUCAACGUGGCCCACCACGACUCAGGGGUGGUGACGUUUGUCACCGGGGGAUCCAAGACGUCAUCACGCCUCAAGGUCAAAGCCUCCAGACACUGUCCCCCUAUCGGCCCCGGGGGCGUCCAGAUGGACGUAGAUCGACCCAACAGCGCCCUUCUCACCUGGGUUCCUGCCCCCAACAGCCAGACGUCCACCCGCUCCAUCUUCGUGCUGGAGAGACAAGAGGUGGGCUCCCAGGAGUGGCAGAAGUGCUUCAGCUCGGAGACCGCCACCUCAGCCGAGGUCGGCGGCGACAGCGUGCCGUGUGAAGGCGACUACCGCUUCCGCGUCUGCUGCAUCAACAAGUACGGGCGGAGUGGUCACGUGGAGUUUCCCAAAGCCGUCCACCUGGUUCCUGGGCCCAAAAUUCACAGUCGCCUCCAGGGCUGUGAGGUUGUGGAGGGUGAGGACGCUCGCUUCUCCAUCGAACUGUCUGCCUCCAUGGUUGGAACCUGGUUUCUGAACAGCGCCCAACUGCAGCACGGCGGGCGGUACUCCAUACAACAGUCCCAAACACAGCACUCGUUGGUUAUCCAUGACCCCCUCACGACGGAGGACACAGCAGAGGUCACGUUCAUAGCCAACGGAGUCCGCGAUUCGGCCGUGCUCAAGGUUAAACCUGCUGUGAUCAAAUUCAGCCCUCUGUCAGAAUCAGACAGCAGUAAGACGGUGGAGAGUGGCGACGCUAUUGUUCUCUACUGUGAGGUCUCCCACCCCUCGGCGAAGGUAUCCUGGUUCAAAGAUGGUGAGGAGCUCCAGCCGACCGACGGCCUCACCAUCCAAUCGGAUGGGAACAUGAGGAGGAUUGUGAUCCAGUCGGCUGACGCGGGUCACUCUGGAGUUUACACAUGUGAGACUUCAGGGGACGUCAUCAAAUUCAACGUGGACGUUGAAGGUCCUCCUGUACAGUUUGGGCCGGUCCCACAGGAGGAGCUCCAUAAGAGCAGCAUGGAACUGGACCCCGUGGUGCUGCUCUGCCACGUCUCCAGGGAGGAUGCAGACGUCAAGUGGUAUAAGGACGGCCAUGAGAUCGUGCCCGGCGACAACAUCACUCUGCAGACAGAAGGAACGGUGAGGAGGCUAAUAAUCCGCUCUGCAGACACCUCGGACGCUGGCAGCUACACCUGCCAGGCAGGAAACAACAGCAUGGAGUUCACCGUCAAUGUCAGAGAGCCUCCGGUGAUGAUCGUGGAACCUAAGGACGAUGUUGUGAUGGAGAGCUACAUCUCAGAGGAGAUCCACCUGCAGUGUGAACUGUCCCGUUCUGGCGGGAAGGUGCAGUGGUUCAAGGACGGCCAGGAGGUGGAGGCGAGCGACCACAUCCAGCUGCUCACUGAGGGUCCGUACAGGAGGCUGACCGUCCUCUGUGGAUCGGUAGAAGAUGGCGGAGAGUACGUGUGCAAAUCAGACGGAGACUCUGUUUUCUUUCAGCUUACUGUCGCAGAGCCGCUCAUCAGAAUCGUCUUUCCAACUCAACCAGAGGUGGAACUGAGCCACUUGGCCUCCGAGAGGCUGGAGCUCAGCUGUGAGAUCUCGCAGUCAGAUGCCCCUGUCCGAUGGUACAGAGACGGCCUAGAGGUCGACGAGGGCCCUGACUUGAUCCUUGAGGCGGACGGGUCUAAACGUCGGCUUGUUAUACCCAUGACCACAGUGGAGGACACAGGGGAGUACAUAUGUGACACUGAAGAUGACUCUGUGGCGUUCCUGGUGACUAUAACAGAGCAACUCGUGACACUGAGUCGUCCCGAGAACACACCUGACGAACUGGAGAGUUUUGCCGGGAAACCGAUUGUGAUGGAGAUCAACGUAUCCCGGCCAAAUGCAGAAGUCAGGUGGUGGCUGGAUGGCAAAGAAGUAGAGGAGAGCAGUAACGUCACCAUGGCAGAGGACGGGCUCAUCCGUCGACUGACCAUCCACGUUCCCACCCCGAAGGAUUCUGGGAAAUACACCUGCGACGCUGUUGAUGAUCAAAUUGAUUUCCACGUCAAAGUUUCAGAGCCUCCGGUGAUGAUCUUAAGAAAAUCAGAGAUAAAGACAAAUCUAAAAUCGCUGAUUUCCGACGACAUUGUGCUGGAGUGUGAACUCUCCAGAGCCAACGCCGUCGCCAAAUGGUACAAGGACGGCUGUCGGAUUGAGGGCGAUGAAAGGUUCUGUGAAGAAGAGGAAGGCGCUUUCCGCUCGCUGGUCAUCCUCAACGCUGAGCUCAGGGACUGCGGAGAGUACUUCCUGGAUGUUGGAGAUGACAACAUCGGCUUCCACGUUACAGUAGAAGAGCCUCCAGUGACCAUUGUAGGAAAUUCAAUUGACCCUGAAUACCAGGAGAUGGUGGCAGGUGAGGAUCUGAUCCUGGCCUGUGAGGUGUCCCGGGCCAAUGCCCCUGUCCAGUGGUACUGCAACGACAGGCUGCUCGCCUGUGACCCGCGUACCAACAUCGAGAUCUACGGGACUCUGAGGAAAAUCAUCAUCUCAAAUGUGCAGCCCUCAGAUUCUGGAAAGUAUGUGUGCGACGCUGUGGGGGACAAGAUGACCAGUGUCAUCAGGAUUCAAGAACCUCCGGUAACGUUCGUGAACAAGGAGGAGGACAUUGUCGUGACGGCGUACGAAGCCGAGAGCGUGACCUUGACGAGUUACGUGUCCAAGGAAAACGCUCAAGUACGUUGGCUGAGACACUGGGAGCCUGUCGAAGGCGAACGCUUCCGAGCACUCGUGGAGGGCCACAAACGCACCCUCACCAUUGAUCCUUUGAGGCGCUCUGAUGCGGGCGAGUACACAUGCGACGUCAACACGGAUCAGAUCCACUUCAGCCUGCUGGUCAAAGAAAUGAGAAUCAGGUUCGUGAGGCCACUCCAGGACACCGUGGCUCACGCUGAUGGUAUGGUGACCCUUCGCUGUGAGGUGUGCAAGCCAAAAGCAGACGUGCAGUGGCUGAAGAAUGGCGUGGAGGUGGUUGCGAGCAGGAGGUUCUCCAUUCGGGCGGACGGCGUGGAGCGAAGCUUGACCAUCCACCGAUUAACCAGAGAGGAUACUGGGGAGUACAUCUGUGAGUCCAGAGAUGACCGGACCGUGGCGUCGCUCAGAGUAGAGAUGCCUCGAGUGGUGGAGUUCCUCACAGAGCUCCACAACACCACCGUGCUGGAGGGAGAAGAUGCCACUUUCAAGUGCGUGGUUUCCCCCGAGGAUAUCCAGUUGGUGUGGCUCAUGGACAACGAGGCGAUGGAGCUGGGCGAUCGUUUCCAGGCGACCCAGAAUGGCCUUUGCCACACCUUGGUGAUUAAGAAGUGCCAGAUGUUGGACUGUUCAAGGAUUUCAGCAGAGGCUGAGGGACAAAUGAGCAAAGCCAGCCUCAAAGUUCAGGAGGCUCAAGUCAUGUUUACGAAGAGAAUGGAAGCUGUCAUGGCAGAGGAGUUAGGCGAUGCCACCUUGGAAACGGAGAUCAGCCUGGAGACGGGCGAGGUUCAGUGGAUGAGGCAGGGGGUGGUCAUACAGCCCGGUGCCCGGCACACGCUCGCCCAGAACGGCUGCAAACGCAGUCUGACCAUCUGCAACCUGAAUCUGUCGGACCGGGGAACCUACCGCUGCGAGACCCUGCACGACCGCACACAGGUCAAGCUCAAUGUGGAACCCCGUAAAAUCGUGAUCCGUAAAGUCCUAGCCGACCAAGAGACCUUUGAACGAGAGACCGCCUCCUUCGAGGUGGAGCUCUCCCACGCGGACGUGGAGGGAAUUUGGCAGAAGGACGGCAUUCGCGUGAAACCGAACAACCAGUGGCGCGUGAGCACCAACGGGCUCGUCCACAGCCUCACCCUGUCCAACCUCACCCUGGAGGACACGGGCACCAUCGCUUUCUCCGGUGAGGGGGCGCGCACCACUGCCAGGCUCACAAUCAAAGAGACGCCGGUGUCUAUCUUGAGAGCGCUGGCUGAUGUCCGUGUGGAGGAGGAAUUGCCCGCCACUCUCGAGUGUGAAUUCUCCCGGCAAAACGUUGAAGUCAGAUGGCUCAAGAACGGGGCAGAGCUGAAGCCAGGGAAGAACUGUCGGAUCUACCCCAUGGGUCGGAAGCGGUUCUGUCAGAUCUUGCAGUGCUCCUGCGCUGACUCUGGCACCUACACGUGUGAUACGGGGGAAAUUAAUACUUCCUGUUCGCUGGAGGUUUACGCGCACAAGUUGGAGAUAGUGCAGGACCUGGAGGAUAUUUACAUCCAGGAGGACCAGAAUGCCGUGUUCAUGUGCGAGGUUUCUCUGGUCGACGUGACGGGAGAGUGGCACAAGGACGGCCACAAGAUCCGGCCCACCAGCACCAUCAAGAUCCGCACAGAAGGGACCAAACACUUCCUGUUGAUGUGCAACGUCACAGCCGAAGAUGCGGGUGAAAUCCGGUUUGUAGCCAGAGACCUUGAAUCCACAGCUUACCUUGAGGUGGAGGAACUUCCGGUUUCCAUCGUCAAGCCCCUGCGGGAUCGCACGGCGCUGGAGAAACAUCGCGUGAUCCUGGAGUGCACCGUGUCGUCGCCCCGCUGCGGAGCCGCCUGGUUCCGGGGCCGGGAGGAGCUGGUGGCCGGGGGCCGGGUGGAGAUCCUGGCGGACGGCUGCUCCCACAAGCUGGUGAUCCAGCAGGUGGUCGUGGAGGACGAGGGCACCUACAGCAUCCAGGUCGGGGAGCACACGUCCGAGGCCAAACUGCUGGUGGAAGCCCAGGCCCUCGUGAUGGUCAAAGAGCUCGAGGACGUGGAGGUGACCGAGCCGGAGCCGGCGACUUUCCAGUGCGAGGUGUCUGUGGCCAUAGGCAAGCCCCCCAUCUGGACUCUGAACGGGGAAGCCCUCCACUCGGGACCCGCCGUCCGGCUGGAAAACCACGGGACGGUUCACAAGCUCACCCUGAGGAGCACCAGCGCGGACAUGAGCGGGACGGUCAAGUUCACCACGGGCAAGGCCAAGAGCAGCGCCGCGCUCAGGGUCGUGGAGGAGUAGAGGAGCGAGAAGGAGAAAAGAAAGUGACUCAGAAAGAAAGAGAAGGAACUUAACGCAAAAAAUGGAGAAUGCUUAUGUCCCAUUGGACUUUCUUCAUAUGCAUUUGUUGUGAUUGGAUCUCCUUUCCAAUUUCAAAUUAAGGGUAUUCAGUGAAGCUGGGCGGGGACUUAAUUAAGCAUUUUAGUUUCUUCGGUCCAGUUAUUCCUUUUUUUUUAUAGUGUGGAUGAUAUUUAUUUUCCUAGUUGACUUUACUUUGUCCUAUUCUGAUGAAAACCCCUCAAAAUAAAAUAUAAAGCAAAAUGAAACAUAUCCCACAAACUCUUACUUCCUGAUGGUGCAAACAGAAUGUUGUUAUAGUAUUUUUAUAAAGUGCGGCUGGAUAUAUA